UCCUUCAUGUAAUACCCACCAUGAAUUCCAUCUUUCUCAACUUGCAUCACCGACUCAAUGGAGCAGUUGCUUAACCAAACGAGGUUAAAAUUCUCUGGUGUAGGACAAGAGAAGGCAGAAGGAACCAGCAACAUCAACGACUGAAAGAUACCAGCCCAAAAGAUUCAAUCUUUCAAAGGAGAAACAAUUUCACCAAACAAAUGAGCCGGAGUGAUGGACGUGGAGGUGAAGGCGAACUAGCUGCUGCCGUGGCUGCCACAGCCUUGGCAGUCGACAGGAUCGAAGGAUCCGCCAUACCCAACCGCAACCCAGCGAGUGCGGGCCCAGAGAGCACCUUAACCAAGGCCAAGUCCAAAAGGCAAAGCGUAUCGACGAAACUAGAAACUGGUGAAGAAUCAAUAAAGAGCCUAGAUAGAGAAAUACCGAUAACCGGUACCACCCAACCUGUGCAAAAACGUCCGACUUUGGCCGAGAAGCUCUUGGAAAGCACCGAGGACGCCAAAGAAGGAGCACCCACACCGCCAAAACCAUCCCCUUCCGUGAAGAGGGCCUCCUCAUCAGCUGAUAAACAGUUCAAGAAGGUCACCAGUAUAAAACCUGAGAUCUCAUCGUCCAAACCGCUUCCCACCAUCAAAUCCACAGCUCCACCGCCACCCGAAUUCAAAACUAGGCAAAGUUCGGCAAUUCCUGGAAGCGAAUCGAAAGCGGAUGCCUGGUUGAGACAGGAGCUGUCUAGGAUAAAGAAUAGUCACGACAACCUGAACGCAGUUAUAGCAUCUUGGGAGACCCAGAAGAAGAAAAAGGCCAGACGCAAAUUGGACGCGACAGAGAGUGAACUGCAGAGAAAAAGAGAACAAGCAUCGAAAACAUAUCAAACCGGGAUGCAACGGAUUGAACUGAUCGUGGCCGCAGCAAGAGCACAGGCACAGGAAAGGCAAAGGAGGGAAGGGUUGAUGGCCCAAGAUAAAGCAGAUAGACUCGGAACCACUGGGAAACUUCCGACUACAUGUUUCUGCUUCUGAAAUCGUCAGCCCUGAACUGACUCUCCCAAAAUACUCGAAACUGUGGAUGUAAAAUAUAUUCCUUCCUAUCCACUUCUCUUGGUGUGAUCA